AUACGGAGUAUUUUGGGCAGUGCUUUGCCGACUGACUGUCUGUGCGGUCAGAGAGGAGUGCCGCCAUGGCAGAGCCGUUUCCCCCGUUCUCCACUCCGCCUGUGCCUACCACACCACAGAUCGCCCCUUCUCCCGGCGUACCACCGCUGAUGGCGGUACUGUGGCCACCUCCAGCAGUAGCCGAGUUCCAUCCACCACUCAGACCUAACUUUGGUCACAUCGGGAAACCAAUAUUUCUUAGGGCCAACCACUUUCAGGUCAAAAUCCCAAACUGCUGUCUAUACCACUACGAUAUAACAAUAACGCCCGACAAGUGCCCGAGGAAAGUGAAUCGCGAAAUUAUCGAAGUUCUCGUCAACACCCACAAAGAGUUCUUCGGACAGCAGAAACCAGUUUUCGACGGACGGAAGAAUCUGUACUCUAAGAAGGCGCUCCCAAUCGGGAGAGAGAGGAUUGAGGUCAACAUAUCUCUACCAGGAGGAGAUAGCAGAGACAGGUCCUUCACUGUGAGUAUGAAGGCGGUGGCAAAGGUGGAUCUGGAGCUGUUGGAGAGAGUUCUCAGAGGAGAGCAGAUGGAGAUGCCGUUUGAGAGCAUACAGGCUCUGGACGUCGUCCUGCGUCACCUUCCCUCCAUGAGGUAUACUCCAGUGGGACGAUCGUUUUUUUCUCAGCCCGAGGGUGACCCAUAUCUCCUAGGCAACGGGAGGGAGGUGUGGUUUGGAUUCCACCAGAGCAUCAGACCAUCGCAGUGGAAGAUGAUGCUCAACAUUGAUGUUUCGGCCACGGCUUUCUACAAGCAGCAACCAGUUCUACAGUUCCUCUGCGAGCUGCUAGAGUUAGGGUCCAUAGAGGAACAGAGAAGACCUCUAUCUGACUCACAGAGAGUCAAAUUCUCUAAGGAAAUAAAAGGACUGAAGGUAGAGGUGACCCACACAGGUCCAAUCAGGAGGAAGUACAGGGUGUGUAACGUCACCAGGAGACCUGCGUCUGCCCAGACGUUUCCGCUGACGGUGGAGAGUGGGGACACCUACGACUGCAGCGUCGUCCAGUAUUUCAAGGAGAAGCACAAACUGGACAUGCGGUUCCCGUACCUCCCGUGUCUCCAGGUCGGACAGGAGAGGAAACACACCUACCUACCUCUAGAGGUGUGCAACCUGGUGCCAGGUCAGAGGUGCAUCAAGAAGCUCUCAGAACACCAGACGUCGAGGAUGAUACGAGCCACUUCUCGAACCGCUCCCGACAGAGAGAAAGAGAUCAACAGACUUGUGGUUCGAGCCGACUUCAAUGAGGAUCCGUUUGUGAGAGACUUUGGUAUCUCGAUAGACCAGAAGAUGGUGACGGUCACAGGUCGUAUUCUCCCUCCUCCUCUCCUCCAGUAUGGAGGGAAGGUCCAGGCUCGAAUACAGGCCCAGCCUGAAAGAGGGGUGUGGGACAUGAGAGGGAAGCAGUUCCACAGAGGAGUGGAGAUCCACUGCUGGGCACUGGCCGUGUUUGCCCAGUACCGCCUCUGCCCCGAGGAGAAAUUACAGCAUUUUAUAUUCCAACUGCGUCGCAUCAGCAGCGAUGCCGGGAUGCCGGUAAUGAAGGACCCGUUCUUCAAGCGCUACAUCUCCGGCUCGGGGCUGGACCACGUGGAGCCACUGUUCAGACAGCUGAAGACCGACCGUCCUGACCUCCAGCUACUCAUGAUCAUCCUGCCCGGCAAGACUCCUGUCUAUGCGGAGGUCAAGAGAGUGGGGGACACUCUGCUGGGAGUGGCCACUCAGUGUGUCCAGGUGAAGAAUGUCCUCAAACCGUCCGCUCAGACCCUCUCAAACCUCUGUCUCAAGAUUAACGUCAAACUGGGCGGAGUCAACAGCAUCCUCGUUCCAGGGAUCAGACCAGCGGUGUUCCAGUCUCCAGUGAUAUUCAUGGGAGCCGACGUCACCCAUCCUCCAGCAGGAGACGACAGGAAACCCUCCAUCGCUGCCGUGAGCCCUGCAGCUAUCAUACACCUAAUGAUUAUAUAGAGCACAUUUUGGCAAGACGAGCAGUUGCAAUUUUGUGCACAUUUACUACCUACAUGAUUCUGACAACUGGCUGUUUUAGCAAACUUUGAAUUUGAGUUUUACCACAACCUUCUAUUCUCAUUUAUUUUUCCCACAACAGAGAAUUAUAGUAGGAAAAGAGCUUUAUAAACUGUCUUGUUGUGUUAGCUGUUUAAAUUCC